CAAAGUUGUUUCAGAAUGCUGUUGGGAUUCCACUACGCAUUCGUCGCACUCUUGGCGAUAUUUCGAGUGAGAGCCAGCGAGGGAAUUCUCGAUAUAACCAAUCAAAUAAACAAUCUUAUAAGCGCUCCAAUACUUCCUGCGGUUGAUAGUUUAGUGAGCGUCUAUGGCGAUCCGCAAUCAACAAACGAUGGUAGAAAGUUGGGCGAACAAAGGGAAUCCAUUGCAGAGGAUAACCCGGAUUACUUAUUUAACCUGGAAAGCCAACUGAAGUUAAAGCUGCCAACUGUCAACAUUCAAAUAAUUCUUGACAAAGACCAGCCGGAGCCGAAGUCCAUUGGUGAUGUGAAAUAUUUUCUUGUAGAUCGUUUUACAAAUCGACUAUACAAUCCGGGUAUUACACUAAAGGAGCUUUUACGAAACUUCACCCCUUCUCAAAUACAACUAAUACGGAGUUCGACAACAUCAAGAACAGAUAUGCGAGAUUUGUAUAUGAAACUUCUUAGGAAUGCUUUGAGUCAAUCGAAUCGAAUUAAAUCCCAAUCGCAGGCUCGAGGCCAAGGACUGUAUCAAUCAUAUCAAAAAAAAGGAGCCAGAAGUACAACUACAUAUGAAGAAAAACUUCAAGGACUGGCUCAAUCACAACAACAGUCCGAGCUUAAACAAUCACUGAAUCAAACUAGAGUUCAGUUUCUGGAAGAUCAGAAUCAAGAAGAUCAAGCAUCUGAUGUUACGAACCAAGCACAAGCUCAAAAUUCAGAGCAGGCUCAAUCACUGAUUCAAGCUGAAGCUCUUAAUCAACGGCAGGCGCAAACGCAAUCUCAAUCACAGAGCCAAGGACAAGGACUAAGACUGGCUCAAUCACAGCUUACACAAGGGCAAUCCCAAUCGCAGGUUCAAGCUCAAUCACAAGCUGAGGCUAUAAAUCAAUCACCACAGUCAUCGGAAGAUACAUCAGAGGAUGAAGAGCAAGCACAAUCGCAAAUUCAAUCGCAGGCACAGGAACUACAAUCGCUAGUUCAAUCACAGGCACAGGAACAACAAUCGCAAGUUCAAUCACAGGCACAGGAACAACAAUCGCAAGUUCAAUCGCAGACACAGGAACAACAAUCGCAAGUUCAAUCGCAGACACAGGAACAACAAUCGCAAGUUCAAUCACAGGCACAGGAACAACAAUCGCAAGUUCAAUCACAGGCACAGGAACUACAAUCGCUAGUUCAAUCACAGGCACAGGAACAACAAUCGCAAGUUCAAUCGCAGACACAAGAACAACAAUCGCAAGUUCAAUCGCAGGCACAGGAACUACAAUCGCUGGUUCAAUCACAGGCACAGGAUCAACAAUCGCAAGUUCAAUCACAGGCACAGGAACUACAAUCGCUAGUUCAAUCACAGGCACAGGAACAACAAUCGCAAGUUCAAUCGCAGACACAGGAACAACAAUCGCAAGUUCAAUCGCAGACACAGGAACAACAAUCGCAAGUUCAAUCACAGGCACAGGAUCAACAAUCGCAAGUUCAAUCGCAGGCACAGGAUCUACAAUCGCUGGUUCAAUCACAGGCACAGGAACAACAAUCGCAAGUUCAAUCUCAGACACAGGAACAACAAUCGCUAGUUCAAGCAGGGGAUCAAGCAAAAGAGGACCCCGUAGACCAAUCACUUCAUCAAGCCCAAUCUGAAGUUCUAAGGCAAGUUCUGUCACAGACCAACAAUCAAUCACAGGCUCAAGCUCAAUCGCAAGCUGCAGUUGUCGAUGAGGCUCUGGAAGCGGCGCAUGAUCAAUAUCAAUCUGUGCCUCACUUACAAGGAAUAGCACUGCCUCCACCAGCACAGCAAUCGUUGCUUGAAGCACAGGGUCAAGCACGAGAAGACCCCGUAGAUCAAUCACUUCAUCAAGCCCAAAACGAAGUACUAAAGCAAGUUCUGUCACAGAAUAACUCUCAAUCACGGGCUCAAGCUCAAGCGCAAGCUCAAGCUCUCGAUCAGACGCUUGAACAAGCGCAUUUUCAAUAUCAAUCUGCGGCUCAAGCUCAAGGAACUCCACCUAUUCAACCAGUACAGCAACCACAACUUCAAGAAGAGGAUCAAUCUGAAGAUACCACUUCAGACGAAUUUCAGCCGUACGUUGCAUUAGCUGAUCAAUACGAAAAACAAGACCAAAUCGCUAAUGAAGCUUUCGAUCGAGCGGAGGGGCAACUUCAGCGGCAAUCUCAAUCAGAAUCUCAAGCUCAAUUACAAGCAGUGGAUAAUUCACUUCAUCUAGCUCAAGCUCAAGUGGAAGAGCAAGAGCAGUCAGGGGUUCAGUCUCAAUCAAACGUUCAACCUCUUGCUAUAAGUGAAACUUUGGGGCAAGCGCAUUCUCUACUUCCGCAGCCAUCUCAAUCGCAAUCUGAAGCUCAAGGUCUAGCCGCAUCUCUACCUCAAUCACCACAGCAACAACAACUUCAUGCUGAUGAUGAUUAUGUUGUGGACCAAUCACUAUAUCAAAAUGAGAAUCUAGCUCAAGAUUCCGUUGUGGACCAUUCACUACAUGAAGCCCAAGCUGAAAUACAAGAUCAACUUGAUUCACAGGCUCAAGCCUCUGGUCAUCCACUGGCUCAAUCACAGCAACACGCCCAAGCUCAAACAGUUGAAGCGCUUACACAAUCACUAACUCAAGCCCAUGCCCAAAUCCAAGGGCAAGAUCAAUCACAAUCACAAUCACAGACUUCAUCGAAUUCAGAAGUUCUCUUCCAAAGGGUCGGGCGGUCGCAAUCAAAACUUAAAUCGCAAGUAGAAAGUUCGCAGGGUCCCAAGUCUGAUGAUGUCCUUUAUUCAGGAAUUCAAGCGAGAUACCAAUACAUUUCUGAAGCGGAAAUCAAUAUUGUCGCCAAGUUGGAGACGCCGAAACUGAUCCAAAAAUACGGAAUUCAAGUGGAGACCCACUUCGCAUUCACUUCCGAUGGUUACAAACUCUGCCUACAUCGAAUUCCGCGACCUGGAGCCAUACCCGUCCUGUUGGUCCAUGGCCUGAUGGCCAGCUCGGCCACUUGGGUGCAGUUCGGACCUUCUCAGGGUCUCGCCUACAUCCUCUCCCAAAGCGGGUACGACGUCUGGAUGCUGAACACCAGGGGCAACAUCUACUCCGAGGAGCGCCAGGCCGGUCGCCAGGAGGACCGGGACUUCUGGGACUUCUCCUUCCACGAGAUCGGGCAGUACGAUCUCCCUGCAGCCAUCGACUUGAUUCUGCUGCAGACCAAGAUGGCGCGCAUCCAGUACAUUGGUCACUCCCAGGGAUCCACAGCCUUCUUUGUGAUGUGCAGUGAAAGGCCCGAGUACGCCGCCAAGAUCUCGUUGAUGCAGUCCCUCUCGCCAACAGUUUAUAUGGAAGGAACACGCAGCCCAGCACUCAAAUUCAUAGGAAUCCUUCAGGGUGGCUUCACAAUGCUGCUGAAUUUGCUAGGCGGCCACAAGAUCUCCCUGGAGAACAAGAUCAUUACCAUGUUUCGUGAGAACAUCUGUGACAAGCUUAUUCCCAGUCGCAUUUGCGCCAUCUUUGAAUUCGUGGUCUGCGGAUUUAACUUCAACAGCUUUAAUAUGACACUGUCCCCCAUUUUGGAAGGUCACGCUUCGCAGGGAGCCUCCGCCAAGCAGAUCUAUCACUUCGCCCAGAUGCAGGGCAAGUCUGUUUUCCAAAAAUUCGAUUACGGGCUCAUUCUGAAUAAGAUCCGAUACAACUCCAUCCUGCCACCACUGUACAACCUUUCACUGGCUUUGUCCAAGGUGGCCCUUCACCGCGGAGAUGGCGACUGGUUGGGAUCCGAAUCGGAUGUCUCUCGACUCGAGCGAAGCCUGCCCAACUGCAUAGAGAACAGGAACAUUGGCUUCAAAGGAUUCUCUCACUUCGACUUCACGAUCUCGAAGGACGUGCGACCCUUGGUGUACGAUCGCGUAAUCAAUCUGUGCGGUGCGAACCGUUAAAUGCUGGAAAACUAAUUGUACUUUUAGUUUACAAAUGAAAUAUUAGCAAAGCAAUUAUCCGAUUUGCUUAGCACAGAA